AUGACUUACGAAGAGAAUCGGUACUGGAAGAAUGUCCUGACCAUCGUACCAAUCAUUGGUGCUGCCCUGGCCACCGUUUCGUAUGUCCUGCGACUAUAUUCGCGGCGCUUCACCACCGCCGGCCUGAAAGUAGAGGACUGGUUGAUGGGCGUGGGCUUGAUUCUUUCCUACUGCGCAACCGCCUUUGUUGUGGACACCGCAUUCAAUGGCGUGGGUUUACCAGUUAGCUCUCUGCCGGCCAACGAACGGCAACGUAUUCAAUUUGGUUCAUGGAUGAUUCAGAAGUUUUGGGCGCCGUCCGCUGCGUUUGUGAAGAUAUCGAUCGUCGUGUUCCUGAAGCGUCUACUGGGAACGGUGCGCGCGUAUGCAAUUAUCUCGAAUAUCCUGAUUGGCUUUAUUGCCUGUUGGGCCGUCACGGCGCUGCUGGUCAAUAUAUUUCAGUGCACUCCAGUUCAAUACUACUACGACAAGGAUCUUAACGGGCAUUGCAUGAGCGGUCAGCGAGCCUUCUUCCAGGCGAUGGGAUCGAUUUCUUUGGUUGAGGAUGUCAUUGUGCUGUGUCUACCCACACCUAUCGUUUGGGGGCUACAGAUCACCUUUCGUCAGAAAAUUGCCGUGACGCUCGUGUUCUCCCUGGGUGGACUGGUCUGUAUAUUCAGUCUAAUGCGUCUGAUUGAGUUCCGUAACUUCGUCACCACCGACCUGGCUUCCUCGAGUGCCAAAGAAUCUGUCUGGACUUGUCUCGAACUCGAUGUAGCUAUCAUUUGUGGCUGUCUGCCUCUCAUGAAGCCUCUGAUUCAGGGCUUCCUCGGCAAAGUGCGAAGCGGAGUCUCCAAAGCCCGUUCCCACCCGUCAUCCGGCACGAAGCUAUACUUUCCCAACGGCACCACCCACAACAACGAUGGAUUUCGCCAGAUCAACGAUCCGUUGAGCUCCAUGGCCUCCAAGAACGCUCAUAUCGCUGCCGAUGAGAGUCGAAGGAGUUCCGACGUUGAGCUGCAGGGCAUCGCGGUAACCACCCGAAUCGACCAGGAUAUCGACCGCCCGCGUACCGGAAAUUCGACAGAUGUCUCCGCCGAACACGUAUGGCCACGGUGA